AUGAAGACCAAAACACAACACCACCGGUUACCGUUCCUGUUAUUCGCCGCUCUGCUCCUGUGUCCUAUGGUGGCCCAUGCCGCUGUCGGUGUAAAUGAACGUUUUGUAUACAAUAAAUCAAAAGCGGAUAUAAAUGCGUCUGGUGGUGAUGCCACGGCUGUUGGCGAUGCUAAAGACACAGAUCCGAGUGUAAAGCUAUUGGAAGAAAAUGAAACAGAUCCGAUUCCAAUGGAUUUUUAUCGAGCUCUAAAUAACAUCACCGAUAUUUCUGAAUUCAUCGAAAAGUUCAUUGACCCAGACAGUAUAGAUCCAAAACUGGGCAUACAUGAAAAUCUGCGCAGAAAUGUUGAAAGAGCCUCCGUUGUUCGAGCCAAGGCAGCAAAUUGCAUACCCGAACCCACAGUUGUAGAUCUGACUCCCAUCAAUCCGAAAAAUAAUUAUUUCCCCAAGUGUACUCGAGUCAAACGUUGUGGCGGUUGUUGUAGCACCCCUUGGAUGUCCUGUCAGCCAACCAAAACGGAAAUUGUCAAUUAUCAAGUGUAUCGUUAUUGCUACGAUCAUGUUGCGAAGUUUUGCGGCUUAGAUAUUAUACCCGUCGAACAGCAUUUGGAGUGUAAAUGUGAUUGUCGGGUCAAACCUAAGGAUUGCAAUGCCUAUCAAACCUAUGAAGACUGUCGCUGCCACUGCACAAAUACAGAUGCCCGCGACAAAUGCCUGGAAUUGGAACACAAAGAUUGGGAUGAGAAUUCCUGCCGCUGUGUCUGUCGACAAACAGAGAAUUGUACCACCGGUUCCUAUUAUGAUGAGAACCAAUGCAAAUGUCUUCUGCUAUCAACCCCUGCAGAAAAUAGUGAAGACAUUGUGGUGCCUCCCCUAUCCCUGGCGGAUCGUCGACGUUAUAUUGUCAAACCCAUACCGGUCGACACCGACAAUAGCACAAUUUAUCAAGUAUAA